ACACAAGCACUAUCAUGUAUUGCGAGAAAAGUGUUGUGGUCUCACAAGCAAAUACAAAAACACUUCUCUUCUUCAUCCCUUUGUCUCACACACAAACAUACAUAGUUUUUUUUUUUCAGGCAACAACCUAUUCAACAGCAGUAUUUUCAGGCAACAAAAAAGAUGGGGUAUUGAAAGGAAGCAUUACAUUGUUUGUUUUAUUGAUCAGGUCUUCUAAAGAAGAUCUGAUAAGAAGUGGGUCAUUGUUAGUUUACCGUUUUAUCCCCCUACAACAACAAGAAGAAGAGGAGAAUUAUGAGUGCUUCCAGGUUUAUUAAGUGUGUUACAGUGGGUGAUGGUGCUGUUGGCAAGACUUGUUUAUUGAUUUCUUACACAAGCAAUACUUUCCCUACGGACUAUGUGCCCACCGUGUUCGACAAUUUCAGCGCAAAUGUGGUUGUCAAUGGAGCCACUGUCAACCUAGGGUUGUGGGAUACUGCUGGACAGGAGGACUACAAUAGGUUAAGACCCCUGAGUUACCGUGGGGCCGAUGUUUUCAUUUUGGCAUUCUCUCUCAUUAGUAAAGCCAGCUAUGAGAAUGUCUCCAAGAAGUGGAUUCCUGAGUUGAAGCACUAUGCUCCUGGUGUCCCAAUAGUUCUUGUUGGAACAAAACUUGAUCUUCGGGAUGACAAGCAAUUCUUCGUAGACCAUCCUGGUGCUGUGCCAAUUACUACUGCUCAGGGCGAGGAGCUAAGGAAAACAAUCGGUGCACCAUCUUACGUUGAAUGUAGUUCAAAAACACAGCAGAAUGUGAAAGCAGUCUUUGAUGCUGCCAUUAAGGUCGUCCUCCAGCCUCCCAAGACGAAGAAAAAGAAGGGGAAAUCUCAAAAGGCCUGCUCGAUAUUGUGAUCAACUGUAGUAGGACCAACCAACGAUAUGGCUCGUCACAAUUCCCGUUGUAACAUCCCCCCGUUAAUAUCCCUUUGUCUUCUUUCGUCUCGGAGGAAAGUAGGAGGUCUUCGUCUGUCUUAUUCGGAACUACUAACGAUCUCUCGAAAGUGUCAGGUGGCUUGGUUUUUAUGUAUAAUUGUUGUCAUUCACCUUGUAGGCCACUCUAGUGUGCCCUUUGUUUUGAUUUGGUUUUAUGUAUUAACAACUGAAUGAUCCCAGUUAGGAAAAACAAAUUCUUUUUGGAA